AUGAUCAUCCCACCAACCUCUUCCUCUUCGUCGUCGUCACAAAGUGAAGGUAAGAAUGGUAUAUAUCGAUUGAAGAGGGGCACAAAGCUAUCUGAGAUACCGCCCCUGCCUCCCAAUCCAGCUGUACCGGAUCUAUCAUCAUUGAACGGCCCAUUCCAACUUGCAGAAUACCUUUCUUUGAAAAUCAGGAAUGAUCCUCAUGACGUACGGGGACUGAUAGAUGUUCCGGUGGGAGAUAAGAGUAUGGGUGGGAAAGCACCUGAUAAAAAUGUUUGGAUAUAUGAACAUCUACGACGACUACCUAUCGACCUCACACCGUUGAUCACCGCUUUACUACCGAUAUGUACCCGCGAGACAUGUCCAGAGAUGAAAGCUCAUGAGUGGUUGUACCUCUGUUCGGCACAUGGUGGUGGAGCGGAGAGCUGUUCAGCCAUAGACUAUAUCUUACAUACUCUAGAUUCAACUACAGCUUUACUCAAUUCGUCCCAGAAUUUCCCAUCGAGAAUGCAAAUCCCUCCAUCAUCCGUCUCCCACUUUCCGUCCCUCUUCCGUCGACUAUCGCGUAUCUUCUCCCACGCAUAUUUCCACCAUCGCGAGGCCUUCCAGCUGAGCGAGAAUGAAACGAGUCUAUACUCGAGAUUUUUAGGCUUAUGCGAGAAAUUCAACUUGGUUGGUAAUUCUUUAUUACCCAUUCCGAGAGAUGCGGUGGUCUUGUCCAAAGCGAAUGAAGAGAAAGAUUCUUCUUCGAGUGAUGAAGAAGAUGAAGGGAGAGGUAGAAACUAUGGUUCUUACAAAGAAAAGGAAAAGAGGACACAAUCAUUGGAUAGAUCUUUACCACCCACUACUAUACAAUCACCUACAAAGUCAAUAUCAUCACCUUCCAAACCACCUGGACCUACUCGAAACGAGACUCUCAAACCUGAUCAGACGACCGAACAAGGCUAUGGUACGAUACGUGAUAACUCCGAAGUGCCCAAUAUACCAAGUAGUCCAUUGAAAUUCGGUACAGGAAAAGGUAAGAAUACUUUAGGGAGAGGUAAACAACCUAGAGCUACGAUGCAUUGGGUUGAUCAAGCUGGUGAAGCUAUACCCCCUUUACUCAGUUCCAACUCGACUUUAGAGAAUCCUUCUACAACUUCCACUUCACCGGGUAAGAAUACGAAUAAGAAUAGAGAUAGAUCGGAGAGUAUAGAUACGGUCAUUCAUCUUAAUGAAGAGCCGGAUUCAAAAUCAGAAGCAACGACAAGUCAGAACAACAGCCAAGAUCAGGCAGUCACUCUUCCGGAUGAAUUGAAAGAGGAGAAUUUGGAGAAUAUCAAAACUCCCCUAGAGAAGGAGAGUAAGCAGGAGGAAUCAAGCUUAGCAGAAGAGGAAAAGCUAGAAGCAGAAGAAGUAGUAAAAGAAGGAGAAGAAGAGAUAGUACCCAAAGAUGAGAUUGAGUUACUGGAGGAGAAAGGUGAAUUGAGUCCUGAGAACACUGUGGCUCCACUCGCUCCGUCCUCGUCCUCAUCGACGGAAACUCAAGCAGAGGAAAAGAAAGUUCACUCUGAUUUGUCCGGUGAUGUACAGGAAGUAGAGUCAGAGUUAGCUCAGAGCGAGAAGGGCAAGGAAGAUAACGAACCCCAAGAAGCGAAAACGGAGAUAGAAGGGGAGGUCAAAGGGGAAUCUCAAGGAGAAAAGAAAGAUGAUGAUGAUACAGAAAUACCCAAAUCUGUCCAGAACGCUACCGAAGGGAAUUCGACUGCCACAUCGGCAGGAACAGAAACGACAAAAGGUAAAAACAAAAAGAAAUUAUCACCCCUCUCCAAACCACUCACCUCUUCGUCCUCUUCCUCGGGUACGAACGUAUCUAUACCUAGUCCUAUCAAGGGAACGGGUAAAGGUAAAUUGGUUCCAGCGGAACUAUCAAGUCCAUCUCAAUCGAUUGUAGAUACUGAAGAUAAGGAGAAGAAGGAGAAAGAGAAGGUCGAGGAGAAAGAUAUCGAGAAGAAGGAAUGA